GUUUGCGACUGUAAACAAUCCAAAAUCAAUAAUUGGACAUCUGUUGCUUUCUGUUGCCCAACCAUAAGAAGUGUAAUAAACAGGGCAUGGAUAAUCAAGUGAUGUUUUUUGAAGGGUGCCAUGAACUUCUUAGGACAUUAUUUCGGUGAUGGAUGGAAAAGCCAUUAUUAUACAUCUGUGGUGCUUAAUAGUAAUCUAUAGAACAACAUUGUGUGCAGUAUGUGAUACUAAACCAUGUUUAAAUGGAGUGUGUACAGAACUUGGAAGUGGCGGAUAUUACUGCUCCUGCAUUCCAGGGUACGGAGGAAGUCAGUGUAUGUGGCCAGACAUUUACAGAGUAUGUGAAUCCCAGCCUUGUUUGAAUGGUGGAACUUGUAUGAUUGUUAAAGGUUCAUUUAAGUGCAGAUGUAGGGAGGAAUUCACAGGAACAAGAUGUGAAGUAGAAAAAUUGAUGUGUGAAACAAAUCCCUGUAUACAAGGUGUAUGUAUAAAUCUGGCCGCCGGAUACAGGUGUAUCUGUAACAAAGCCUUUGAAGGUAAAUUAUGUGACAUCAACAUUGAUGAUUGUAAAGAUAACCCCUGUGAGUAUGGGGGCCAGUGUUAUGAUGGACUAAAUAAAUACCUCUGUGACUGUCCGGCGGGUAGAGCUGGGAAACAUUGCACCAGGAUCCAGACCUGCCCUGAUGGCGACCCAUGUAAGAAUUUUGGUGUUUGUAUUCCUGCCACUAGAGGCUCUCCAAAACGAUGUUCGUGUUUGCCGGGAUACACUGGGCCGAUAUGUGAGAUAAAUAUAAAUGAUUGUGAAGGACAUAGAUGCACCAAUGGAGGUAUAUGUGUGGAUGAAGUUAAUUCAUAUUCUUGUGAAUGUGGUCCAAGUUAUACAGGAGCUUUCUGUGAGACUAAAAUUGAUCCGUGUUACUCAGGGCCUUGUAAAAAUGGUGCGAAGUGUGUUGUUGAUUAUACAGUUGUAGAUGGUUAUAGGUGUUUUUGUGUUUCACCUUUCUCAGGUGACCAUUGUGAAAUCUUUAACAAUGUUGCAUGUGAAACAUCUCCAUGUCUAAAUGGUGGUGAAUGUUCAGCCAUGGGCCUUUCUUACCAUUGUACAUGCCUUUUGAAUUAUGCCGGUUCUGAGUGCAAAAUACCAGUACCCUGUGCCAGCCAGCCAUGUCAGAACUUUGGUAAAUGUGUUACCGAAGGGGGAGACCAGUUCAAGUGUAUUUGUUCUGAGUCCUACACUGGAGCCAGUUGUGAAACACAAAUACUGUGCAGCUUACGCACUUGUGAAAAUGGCGGGAAAUGUGAGAUUAUAAAUGGUGCAGAGACCUGUACUUGCCUGGAGGGAUAUUUUGGAGAAUUUUGUGAAAUAAAAUCAAGAUGCUCUCCAAAUCCUUGUCAAAAUGAUGGUCAGUGUUCUGAAAUAGCUAAUUUAGGUUUUGAAUGUACAUGUAGUGAGCAGUUUACAGGAAGAAUAUGUGAGAAUGAGGUCGUUUUACCAUGCUCUUCAUCACCUUGUGAAAACAGCGGAAUAUGUUCUGAUAUUUCGACAAGUGAAUUUAGUUGUAAAUGUUUAGACAAUUAUACUGGGAAAAGGUGUGAAACAUUGUUAAGUCCUUGUGAAAACAGUCUGUGUAUAAAUGGAGGAACUUGUAUGGUGUCUAAGAAUGGAUACGAAUGUGUUUGCACCUCUAACUACACUGGUAAAAAUUGUGAAACUGUUUUGGUUCAGGUCACAUGUGAUAUGUGCAUUAAUAAAAAAAGAUGUAUAGCAUCAGAAAGUGGUAUUAAUUGUGAAUGUUUAGAAAAUUAUUCAGGGCAAUUUUGUGAUAUCCCGUCACCAUGCAUUAAUAACCAAUGUCAAAAUGGAGCAACAUGUGAAAAUGUGAAUGAUAAAGAGUAUCGAUGCAUUUGUGACGCAACAACUACUGGUGAAUUUUGUGAGUCUGUGUUACCCUGCAGUUCUAACCCAUGUGAAAAUGGUGGUUUUUGUGAAAAUGAGGAGGAUUUUUCAAGUUUUAAGUGCAUAUGUAAAUUAGGGUUUACGGGUCAGUAUUGUGAGAGUAAUCUCCCUUGUGCUUCAUCGCCCUGCCUCAAUGAUGGUAAAUGUAUGAACGAGGACGAAGAUUUCACAUGUGACUGUCCUGUUUCUUAUGUAGGCAAAAGAUGCGAAACAUUUGAUCCAUGUGGUACCGAACCAUGUUUAAAUGGGGGUACAUGUGUCAAGCAAGAGGACGGCUCUUACUCAUGCCUUUGCGAUGAAAAAUUUAUUGGUCUGAAGUGUGAGAUAGCAAAGUAUCCCUGUGAACUUUCUCCGUGUAAAAAUGGCGGAACCUGUCAGCAUCAGGAAGAAGGAGUUUAUUUGUGCAACUGUUUGACAAAUUAUGCAGGCAAAGACUGUGAGAUGUACGUUCCUUGUGCUAGUGGUCCGUGUAAAAAUGAUGGUCAGUGUUUUAACCAAGGGGACAGUUACUUUUGUAAAUGCUCGUCUAAUUAUGAUGGAGGUCACUGUGAGGUACUGUUGCCAUGUGCCGCAAAUCCUUGCAUCCAUGGAGACUGCAGCAACUCUAAAGAUGGUUUGACCUUCACCUGUAUUUGUAGUGAAGGUCAUGAAGGUGACCUUUGUGAUAGAGUUAUCUCCUCCUGUAAUGAGAGUACUUGUAUCCAUGGUAACUGUGUGAAUCAAGCAGAGACCACAAUAUGUGUGUGUGAAAAUGGAUAUAAAGGAUCAAAAUGUGAUGUCAAGGUCACACCAUGUGACUCUCAACCUUGUCAGAAUAAUGCGGAAUGUGAGCCUAGCAGUUUGUCUUUCAUUUGUAAAUGUCUCCCUGGUUACUAUGGCAACUUGUGUCAGGAUCAGAUAGACGUUUGUUUUUCACAGCCAUGUUUCAAUGGCGCCACCUGUGAGCGAUGUAUCGGACCAGACUGUGUCACACCGUUUUCUUGUAAAUGCAGGACUGGUUACAAAGGAUUAAGAUGUGAAGAGUCAGUAUCAGCCUGUGACAAUGGUCCUUGUCUUAACUCUGGUGAUUGUAUCGUGGACAAUACCUUAAAGGGUUAUCAGUGUAUUUGUCAACCUGGAUUUUCAGGUCAGAACUGUGAGACUGCCAUCAAUUUAUGUAGUAGCAGACCGUGUCAUAACCAAGGCAUAUGUGUAGCUGACAGUGGCUCAGACAACACAUGUAUAUGUCAGGGAGCUUACACAGGACCUCGUUGUGAAACAAAGAUAAAGAAUUGCGAGGAUCACCAGCCUUGUAAGAACAACGGAACAUGUAAUAAUGACUCUAUCUCGGCAUAUUGUGAAUGUCCUCCGCAGUUCUAUGGUAUAUUCUGCGAAUAUACUAGAGGUUUGUAACAUAUUUUUGUUCAAUGUUACUUACAGGUACUCCACUGAGGUUCACAAAGCCUAAAAAUGUUAAAUUUGAAUUUCUUACGAAGAUUACCCGAAGCACUAAAUAUGCAAAGAUAAAAAAGAAAUACUCAAACACUUAAUAUUUAAAUUUAAAAUGAUACAUUUGUGUGACUUUAAGCCAAAUUGGAGUUAAAUUUUUUAGGGCUUUUCAUUUUUGGACCACUUUUCACAUUGAAUUAAAGUAAUUUUUCGAGAAAGACUGAGUGAGACAGUGAUCGAAAAUUUUGCACACAAGAUACAGAUCUAAACCUACAUCAAAUGGUACAUUAAUCUUGAAAAAAAAUCUUCCAGUUUGGUUCGAUGUAAAAAAACCUCAGUUGAGUCCCUUUUAAUCUAGGUAGAUU